GUGAAGUAAGUGAAGAGGAGGUAGAUCCCAUCCAAGUAAGUGUUGGUUUCCCCGGCUUUGUUCUUCUUCCUGAUGCUGUAGGCCAGUGGAAUCACCCCUCUGUUGAAUACCUCCACAUACAUCCCACCCCCAGCAACUAGCAACUGCAAUAUAGUCAACAUUAGGUUUGAUUCCCUCAUUCUACUUAUGCUUUAAGCUACAGUUGGAGUAUAUCCUACAACCUUUUUACCUUACAGUACAAGAAACUGUAACUCAUCGUUCCACUCAAUGCUUAGUGCCUUCUACUUAAAGUAUAGUAACAGCAGUUGAAGUUCUCUCUUAAUAUGCCAAUCAUGAUACUUCUUCAAUCGCCAUCCAAACAAAGCAAUCAAUAUGCUACUCUUCAAAUGUAUAUCCAAAGUGACCACAUAUCUUAACUGAAAACCUUCAUGGAACAACUCCUCUCCAAACUUCAUUGAAUACUACGAAAUCUCAAUUCUCAUUUUGAUGCAUAAUGCACCACUCGAUUGAUUCAGCAACAAGGGCAAAUAGCUCAUAGAACCAUUACCAUCAUCAAUCUCAUGGGAAACGAUAUCAAUUGCAAACGGAAUUGGACACAGAAAUGAAAUGGAAAUCACAAAAUUCAGAAGGCAAAAUGAAAAAGAACAACUCCAAUUAUAAGAUUAUACCUCCUCGUACUUCUGGGUAAGAGUAAGCCGGUCAUCUUCAGACAUGUCCGGUCUCAGGACCGCCAUGGUCUCGUACUGGCGUAGCCCAGGUGGGCAAGGAUGGGCCUCCUUUUCCUCCACCGCUGUCGCGGUUCCUCCCGUCGACGGCGGUUCAUCGUCGAAAUCCUUUCCUCCACCUUGAUAAAACGAGCCGGAGAAAUCAAAAGUUUGUGCCUUUACCGUCGGCGCUCUCUCGCGCUCUCUCCCACGCGUGACAAUCGCCGUCGCAUUGCCCGGUAACUUCCCACAGAACGCAAGAGAUGAUGAACGGUUGGAUUUCGACAGUGAUUUGGAGCAAAUUGGGGAGUAAAAUAGAGUGGACGAAACUGCUGAAGUCGCCAUAGCUGCCGAGCUCUCUCUCUCUGUCGUUCGACUGAGCUGCUGCUGCAGCUCCUGGAGAUAAAGAUAAGGAAGACGAUCGAAUUAUUUGACGAUCCAUGGGCCUCUAUUUUAUACGACCAGGCUCAAUGAAAUCAUCCGGCCCAUUAUAAAUCUGUUUUUAAUGGGCCUACACCGGGAUUCUUUAUAAUCCAUGGGCCUUUUCUUGAACUCGAAGCCAAGCCAGUCAGCGAUUAUUAUAACUUUAAAACCGGAAAUUCACUCUGAAAAAUACGAAGCUUGCAACGGAGACUGUGAGCCGGCGGAGUAGAGAUCGGACGAUAAUCGACGGCGACAGAAUCUCGAGAGAUGGAUCCGAAGCUAACGGAGGUGUCGCAGUACUUCGAGCGAUUCAAAGCGGCUUGUGUGAGAGAGGAUAUCGAUACCUCGGCCAAUCUGUUGUCUCAGCUCAAGGUCUUGUUGACUAGCUUCCGGAGCCUUCCACCGUUGUUCGAAGUUACUCCAAACGCUGUUCAAGAAUUGACGAUAGCGAGAGAUAUUUAUGAGCAUGCUGUUCUUCUAAGUGUGAAGAUGGGGGAUCAGGAUGCAUUUGAAAGGGACUUCUUUCAGCUGAAGCCCUAUUAUACAGACGCUCGAAAACGCCUGCCUCGUUCUCCUCAAGAGCACAUGAUAUUGGGCCUCAACCUUUUGAGACUCCUUGUUCAGAAUAGAAUUGCUGAAUUCCACACUGAACUAGAACUGCUUCCAGCUGAGUCUCUGGAGGAUCCUUGCAUCAAGCAUGCCGUGGAGUUGGAGCAGUCAUUCAUGGAAGGGGCAUACAACCGUGUGCUGACUGCAAAACAAACUGUUCCAAACCAGAGCUAUGACUACUUCAUGGAUCUUUUGGCAAAGACAGUUAGGGACGAGAUAGCUGGGUGCAGCGAGAAGGCAUAUGACUUCCUUUCAAUAAACGAUGCACGCCAAAUGUUGCUCUUCUCAUCCGAUAAUGAACUCCUGAAGUACAUCAAUGAGGAGCAUCCGGAGUGGGAAAUAAAAGAUGGGUCUGUCAUCUUCCAGAAGGCAAAGGAAACCGCACCUUGCAAGGAGAUCCCGUCCCUGCAACUAAUCAACCAGACUCUCAGCUAUGCCCGGGAGUUGGAGCGGAUUGUCUAGUGCGACUGCUCUUGCUCUGGCGGCUGUUACACAAACCUCCACCGCCUUAAAGUUGUUUGUUCGUGGAGAAAACAGAGAACAUGUAGGUUCUCCUCAUCUGUAGUGCUUCAAUGGGACUCGAUGUUCGUGGGAGUGCAUGCCGAUUCGCUGAAAGUUAUGUGUUUGGAAGCAUCAUUGUGAAACCUGUAGUGUCAUCGAGACUUUCAGCGUUUUGUUUUCUGAAACCCAUUGUCUUUAAGUGUUAAAGAAAAUCAUUUGGACAUUACCCUUUUGGGCUUACAAAUUCAGGCAUCCUCGUAUUGUCCUGGCACUACGUACGCUGGUGGCUGGCUCGAAAGGGUUCCAGGCCGCCAUUAGUUGGAGCUAUGUAAUGCUUUCCUGAUCUGAUCUAAGCAUUUGAUUAUUUGCAUGGCCAUGCAUAAUACUUGAUCAUUUGGCAAAUUGUUAUGUCCAAAUAAUUCAAUCAAGUGACUUUGCC